GGACUGCCACUGACAUCUCUGCCAUCGUGGGUAGUGGCCACAUCCCGCUUGUGAGAUGCUGCCCUUCCUCGUCCGCCGCCGCCGACGCCUCGCCCUUCCCUUCUCCACCCUACACCCGCCCGCUCCCGCCGCCGCCUCCACGCCGCCCUCCUCUCUCGAUGCCACGGCGGUGCUCGAGACGCUGUCCCUCUACGUUAACGACUGGCGCCGCGCGCUCGACUUCUUCCACUGGUCCGCCUCCCCCGCCGGCGCCAACCUGCCCCCGACCGCCGCCACCCUCGCCCGCGCCGUCGACAUCCUCGGCAAGCACUUCGAGUUUCCGCUCGCUACCUCCCUCCUCCUCUCCCACCACGACCCCGCGCGGGGGGACCCCGCUUUCCUCCGCCCCGCGCUCCGCGCCCUCCUCAAUCGCCUCGCCGCCGCAAAUCUCGUCGACGACGCCGUCAGCGCGUUCAACUCCACCGCCGCCUCCAUCGGCCUCCGCGAUGAGGCCUCCUUUCACCUCCUCAUCGACGCGCUCUGCGACAACCGCCGCGUCGACGAGGCCGAUCACCUGUGCUUCGGCAAGGACCCGCCGCCGUUCCCGCUGCGCACGAAGACCCACAACCUGCUCCUCCGCGGGUGGGCUAAGACCCGCGCCUGGGCGCGCCUCCGCCAGCUGUGGUUCGACAUGGACCGCCGAGGCGUUGCCAAGGAUCUUCACUCCUACUCGAUAUACAUGGAUGCCCUUUCUAAGUCAGGCAAGCCGUGGAAGGCCUUCAAAAUUUUCAAGGAGAUGAAGCAGAGAGGCGUUCCAAUUGAUGUCGUUGCAUACAAUACGGCGAUCCAUGCGGUUGGGUUCGCGGAGAGCGUCGAUUCUGCUGUAAGGUUGUACAGACAGAUGGUUGAUGCUGGUUGCAAGCCGAAUACUGCCACUUUCAAUGCAAUUGUCAAGUUAUUCUGCAAGGAGGGGAGGUUCAAGGAAGGGUAUGCGUUUGUUCAGCAGAUGCACAAGGCUGGGUGCGAACCCAAUGUGCUCACAUACCAUUGCUUUUUCCAGUACUUGAGCCGUCCACAGGAGGUCCUCAGACUGUUUGAGAAAAUGCUUGAGAGGGGUUGCCAGCCAAGGAUGGACACAUAUGUCAUGCUCAUAAAGAGGUUUGGGCGAUGGGGUUUCCUUCGACCAGUGUUCAUUGUGUGGAAGGCAAUGGAAGAGCAGGGUCUUAGCCCGGAUGCAUUUGCAUACAAUGCGCUUAUUGAUGCAUUACUGGAAAAAGGUAUGGUAGAUUUGGCUAGGAAGUAUGAUGAGGAAAUGCUUGCGAAGGGACUCUCACCCAAGCCAAGGAAAGAGCUGGGGACUAAGUUGCCAGAAGCCGAGUCUGACAGUGAUAAUGUACUGAACGGUGUGCUUUGAUUUCUGAGAGCUAGAAAGGGACAGCUCUUUGUUAUCAUUUGACCACUGGAGCUGAUUAAAACAAUGGUGUGAUCAUGCUCAUGUUCCCAAACAUAUGUUGCUUUGCAUUGAAGGAGAUGUAAUGUGAUUUCAUGGACUUUUCUUGAAUUAAUAGGAUGGAUCAUAUUGCAUUUCUGUCAGUUAUAAUGUGGUUGUUCCCUGGGACAUAUGUGAAAUAGCAGGGGGUCUAUGGAUUGCUGGAAAAAAAGGAUUAUGAGAUGCUCAAGGGGCUCCCAUCCAUGUUGACAUGAGUGAACUGAAGGACUAAGAAGACCCAGCAACGAACUACAGCUCAGGGAGUUUGUAAAACGAUGGUCUAUGCCCAUACUGGUUCAACUUACUGAACAGCUAGUAUCAAAAAAAAAAACUUACUGAACAGCCUGACAGUGUAUCAUGGAACAGGGAUGCUGCACACUUUUAUUCAGCCAAGUCAGCAUAUCAUUUGCCAAUUGGGAUAAAAAAUGGAAAGAAGUUCAGAUCAAAUGCAAAUUCUUCACUUGGUUGCUCCUUUGGUACAACAUUUUCACAGUGCACAAACUGCUAACUCAACUUGCCAGCUUUGUUAUCACAGUUAAUCGUCAACUCUAACUCUUCAAAACAUAUUGGCAGCUUAUUCAGGGAUGGUUUCUGCCCGUAAUUCCUUGGUAAAUAUAAGAAACUGGUGGCACAGGCAUGUCGAAGGAAGUACAUCCAGGCCCAUGAGGAGAAAUCCAGACAAUAUAUGUUUUGGAAUAUUUGAAAAGAAGAAAUUGGCGAACAUUUUUUAGACAAAUAAGCUUGGAUUUCAUGGAGGUGGUCCGGAUCAUUAAACAGAACAUUGGCAUGCGAGGUAUUGUGCUGUCAAUAGCACAGUAGGAGAGAGAGGAAUUGCUGUUGGGAGUCUGCAUUGCUGACUUUGCUCAGUGUUGUCGGAAGCUGUCCAGUAGUUUUUCAUGUUUCAUGGAGGAAUUGUUGGUGGAUCUGAAGCUGUCCAGUAGUUUUUCUGCUGUAACAUCGGAUCAACUAAGCACUUUCUGAUCUGACUGAUCUUUGAUAAUAUGAUUUUUACAUGCUACUAGCCUUAGUGUCAAUGACAAACAAAGCCACAGUGAUCGUCAUUAUUUAAAUUGUAGGAAUGACCUGGAAACUGUAUGGAGCGUCUCCCGAUCAUGAAAUUGCUGUCGAAUCAACACAACCUAUUAUAGACCUGACCGGUUGUUUUUGUGCAGCACCCUUCAUCUAAUAUUGCAGGUCGAUCAGCUGAAAGUUGUAAGGAGGAUGCUACAGAGAUGACAAAAUUUGCAUGAUCAUGUUUCAUGGAGGAAUUGUUGGUGGAUCUGAAGCUGCUUGCAGUGUUACUUUGGCCUGUAUCCUUUUCUUUCUUAGUUUCUUCUGCUGCAAAAUCCUGCACGGCGAGAUAUACAUCGUUACAAGCCUGCAGCGUUCGUUCAGCCUGUAGCCUCUUCUUUCUUUUGCUGGAAUCUUUAACAUGGUAGCUGAAUUGUCCAGUUUUUAGCUGAUGAAAUUCCUGUGCGUUGGAUUAAGCCA